AUGUUUCGGAUAUACGGAGGGAGUCUGAGAACAGGCUCCAUAUUCUCGCCGUAUGGGGACGGGAGGGUACUGUCUACUCAGGAUACGGUCGUUGUGUUCACCAACUAUAGACUGGGACCAUUCGGGUGGCUAUACGGGGGCACUGAGCAUGAGCCUGGUAACUUGGGACUAUACGAUCAAUUGCUGGCAUUGAAAUGGGUGAGAGAAAACAUUGACAAGUUUGGUGGCGAUCCCAAUCAGAUCGCAUUAUUUGGUGAGAGCGCCGGUAGUUGGUCCGUAUCGGGCCAUGUGUUGUCUCCCUUAUCUAGGGGGUUAUUCAAGAGGGCUAUACUAGAGAGCGGCACCUUAUUAGGCAAUAAAGACGUCAGGGUCUUAACAAAGAGAUUAACCCGUCAGCGCCCGACCAUAUAA